AUGAACGAGUGUAUGAAGGCUCUGUUCCGAAUAGGGAUCCUGGUACGGAGAGACAUAGCAUAUGACCGCUUUCAGCGGGCACUCCAACGGUCAAGGUUUUCCUUUCCUGAGCAGUUCGACACCGACUAUGCGGAACAGAAGCAUCCAAAGCCGAGAAGUAGGGGGAGGGGGCUGGCGACACGGCUCGGAAGGGCGAAUGCGAAGCGGCGCCAAUUCAGCAAGUAUGGCAGGGACCACAGGACAAGACUCGAGAUGGAUGUGGAUGUCCGUCAGGAGACUAAGCCUGAGCCCAAGCCCACGCUGUCCAUCGAUCUUGAAGCCCCGACGGAGCAACUUUCCAGCAAGGCUACCACGUUCGUUAAGCCGGCAGAAAAUUGGAUUUCCGAGUUCCUUGCGCCCCCUAUUGAGGAUCAAGACGACAGUGCCUUAUUAUUGACGGCCUCCACGACAUUCGAUUCAAAGAGAAGCCUCAAGAGCCACGCCUACCACGACCUCAAGGCAUACAUAUGCACAUACGGAGGAAAGCACUGCGACACCGAGAUGUUUGUCGACCGGGCGACAUGGUUCAACCAUGAGUUGACAGUGCACAGGUCAUUAUUCACUUGCAAACUCUGCGCGGACAGCUUUCGAUUCUUUUGGAACAAGGCAGACUCGGGCCGUCACAACGACAAGUUUGAUCUGAUUUUCAUGGAUAUCCAGAUGCCUAGACUCAGUGGCCUGGCGAACACCCAUUGUUGCGAUGACACCGGCGUCAUCCGACACGUGAACGAGGUCAUGCUGAAACCGUUCCGGAAGUCAACCAUCAGGAAGGUGCUUCAGAGGUUCGCGAUCGUCGCCGGUGAUGCGGGAAAGCCGAGCGAGAGAGCAGGGAAUGACUCAGAUAUCAGCAGCGUGACAGCCCUCAUUGCUGAGGCGCUCAGUGGUCCCGGCAAGGUCAAAACGGCCGGCUUGAUUGAUCUGUUGCCAAACCUCCACCACCAUGAGAUCAUGAACCUGCGCACGGAAUACAAGAGGCUGGUCAAGGUCGGUCCUGAGCGUAAAGGCGUCAACGUCGGGAAACAUAUCCGAGCACGGCUAAAAGACGACGACAAUCGACUCAUGACUGCUGCUUAUGCAACGGCAUUGGCACGCAAGGGCCAACAGCUUCUGAUUGAGUCCCUCUUGGGGAGAUCAAACACAGAAGCGCGCCUGAUAGAGGAUGGGUUCCGAAUUCACUCUAACAAGCUUGAGCGCGAGCAUGGCACAAGCUUGGAGACCUUUUUGGACCCGUAUCUGCGACAAGGCGAGGCUUGGUUCAGAGAGGCUGUGAAUGCAGUACUCUCCGGGCAUAAGAUGGAAGAGCGCGAUCAUUCCGGGCAGCCACAGCCUAUAGACAUGCAGCUGGUCGAGAAAGAUGUAGACGAGCUGUUCGAGGCAGUCGCUGGUGACAGAGGAGCUGCAACCACUAUAUCGCAAAUUGUUAUCCUGCGCAGCGAUGCGCAUCUCAGGGAGGUCCUCACCAUCUACCAGCGCAAGUACGAGAGCGACUUCAUAGCCGAUGCGCUUCGGGGGACUAUGCAGUUAAGAGACUACGCUCUCUACCACGUUCUGUACGGCGUUCUGAACCGGCCAACUCGUGAUGCGUGGCUGCUCCACCAAGCACUCACGCCGAGUGGAGACGAUGGUAUUCAGCAUGAGGUUUUGACCAGUCGCCUUGUGCGUGCUCACUGGAAUGGCCACUACCUCUCUGCAGUCAAGCAAGCCUACCGUGAACAAUACGGUCAGCAUCUGGUGGAUGACAUCGCCGCGGGAACAUCAGGCGAAUGGGGAGCUUUCUGUGUCGCGCUGGCUCAGUCAAAUCUUCAAUGGGACGAGAGACCUCGUGACAGGCAUGCAACUAUGUGA